AAUGGCAGUGUAGCCAAAAUAACGAAACUGAUAGUUGACACAACGUCGCAUGUUAGGUUAGCCUCGAAGUUGUUAGCUCGCCGCCCUGAAAGUUUUUUUCUAGCUGAAAUGUUUAUCAAGCCAUUCAAAGUCAAGUCUAAUAAUCAACUGAAAGGAACCGAGAGGAAGAAAUUAUGCGAGGAAGUGCUCGCGGCUUACCCGAGUUUGUCGGACGACGAGAUCCAAUCGCUGUUACCUAAGAAAGAAUCCAUCAGUGUCAUGAAGAUAGUAACACACGGCGGACACAUGGCCAAAUUAUACUGCGUGGCUAAGAUACCUAUGUUCUUCCAAUUGGAUUCCCAGAACACUAUAUUGUUCCCAACAAUUUACACACUGUGGCAUCAUCCGUGUUUACUGAAGAUCUUCACUACACGCCUACCGGUCGUAUCCAGGCUAGCGGGUGGGGCUGAUCUGAUGUUGCCUGGAUUAGUCCUGAAAGAGCCAUUGACCUUUUACACUUUCGGCAAACUGUCCAAGGGCACCCCUGUAUCGGUCAACACAGAAGAGAAUAAGGCUUCGGUCGCUGUCGGCGUCACCGCGCUUUCCAGCGACGACAUGUACAUGGCUGCCGGUCGCGGCAAGUGUGUGGAGGUUUACCAUGUGAUGGGCGAUACUCUUUGCCAAUUGGGCAAGCCGCCUCUGAGACCGGAUCUAGGACCACCGUAUGCUGAGGAUUCUGUCGACACCUCGGAAAGUACCGAGUCGAACGACGAUCAGCAGACUGACGUAGAUCAGGCUGAAGUAGCUGAAGUAGUUGAAAUAUUGCCAAAUAACUUGAAUCAACUGGAGAUCGACGAGAAUGCGAGGGAAGUAGUCGUGGAUGAGUCUGGUACUUCGGAGACGGAGGAGGGCACGGAGGACGUGGAGGAUGAGAAGACGGAAGAAGAGGCGCAAAGCCCGGACGAGCCGGAGGUAGCGCUCGACCCGGUUCAGGAGAUGGACGGCUUGCUGGAGUAUUGUUUCCUGAAGGCGUGCAAAACGUCGAUAAAGUCGAGCGAGCUGCCGAUGUUGUCAUCCAGCUUCUUCAAGAAUCACCUGCUGGCCGCCUGUCCGCCGGGUAAGAACGUCGACGUGAAGAAGUCCCGGUAUAAAAAGCUGUCGGUCUUCUUGGCGGAGAUGAAGGCGAAGGGAAUCAUCAAUACAUCUGUGACGAAAGGCGUGGAGACUUUGCUGUCGAUCAAGUUCGACCAUCCGCUCGUGAGGCAGCUGGUCGUCACGGAAGAACGAGCCGCGGCUGAGCCGGUGAUCUCCAACAGCGCCGUCGUCUCGGAAUGCUACCGUGUGACCGCCGACGUCCUGCCGGUCCUGUCGAAAUUCGGAUACGAAAAGGGCGACGUGAUGAAGAGGGCCGAGAUCAGGAAGUGCUUCACCGAGUACGUGAAGGCGGAGGACCUGCAGAAUGGAAAAACGUUGAAGCUGAACCCCCAGCUGGCUGGGAUUAUGCGCACCAAGGUGCACCAGGAGACGGUGACGAUGGAGGACGGGAUCAACAAGUUCAUCGGCCGUAUGACGCACAUGCACGAGGUCACGCUUGCGGGCAACACCUUGCUGCACACGGGGAAGCUCGAGCCGAUCGACAUGAGGGUGGUGGUGCGAUCGGGCGGCAAGAAGGUGACUCUGGUCAACAACCUGGAGACGUUCGGGAUCAACUCGAAGGAGUUCAGCAAGGAAUGCCAAAGCAUCGGCGCGAGCGCGACCAUCACCGACGACCCCGGCAAGAAGACCCCCAGCGUUCUCGUGCAGGGCAAUCAGAUUUUAUACGUGCACAAACUGCUCACAGAGAAAUACCAAAUCAAAAAGAAUUACAUCAGAGGCUUGGAGUUCGCCCCGAAGAAGCAGAACUUCUCGCAUAAGAAGUAGACGGCGAGGAAGCCCUCAGUCCCGUGAGGAAGUGGAAUUUUCUUCUCGAGGAGAGAGUGUCGUCGCACACGAGAGGCGGCGAUCAACACGCGCCUCCUCCAUUCUUCUCCCGUAGUAUCUACUCCGCGAAGCUGCGAUUAUCCUAGCCGAACGUCAACGAUAAAUCGUUGCCGUCAUUCGUUCCUUUCAGUCGUUGCAUCGGACUUUUCCCACGGAAGAAUUCAUUUCUACGUCGGUAUCCUGCCGUAUAUCACGUGUUGCGAGGACGGAUUUUAUCAAGACUUUCCUGAAGGGACGCUGCCAUUAUGCCGAUGUAUCGUCGCGAAAUAGAAGACGUGUUUUCUAAUUUCUAAUGUAUGUUGAAGCGAAACGAAGGGCACGACGUCUUCUACCUUCUAGGGCUGCGUUCGAGAACUUCACUCAACAUGUAGAAUCGCAUUUAAUUAACCAACUACGAUAAAGAAAUCCCUUUUGUUCUUGAUUAGUCAGUUAAAUGCUAUCCGUCGAGUAACAUUUCUCAGCGCAGUCCGGGAGGUAGGCAAAUGUUACGAAUAAUUAUGAAAUAAAAAAACAAAUUCACGAGCAAUCACGGAUUAUUAACCGAA